UCCCCCCAGUCGGAAGAAGGGUCCUGGCCUGAAACAUCACCCAUUCUUCUCCAGUGAUGCUGUCUGACCCACUGAGUUGCUUCAACAUUUUGUGUGUAUCUUCGGUAUAAACCAACAUCUGCAGUUACUUCCUGCUCCUAAAUGCAUCCUUUUCUGCUCUCAGACCCAUCCUUCUGGUAACAGCCAAACUUCACCACUCCAGGGAUCGAAACCGCCAGGGCCUCAUGAAGUUCAUCGUUUAUCUGCUGGAAUCAGCGGCCCACCUGUGCGAUGAUGAUACCUGUGACAAUUUCUGCAUUGUUUUUGACAUGAAGGACUUUUCGAUGAGCACCAUGGAUUACCAGUUCGUUAAGAGCUUAAUCUGGUUGCUCUCCAAUUACUAUCCGGAGAGACUAGGGAUCUGGCUCAUCGUGAAUCCCCCGGUGCUCUUCACUGGAUGCUGGGCAAUCAUCCGUGGUUGGCUGGAUGAAAAGACAGCCAAGAAGGUCGUGUUCGUCUCCAGGCCGGAGCAGCUGGCUGAGUAUAUUCGACUCGAGAUCUUACCCAGAAACCUGUUCCAAUGAGCCGGACACCAUGGAAAACUAUCUAUUGUGCAAUGCUCAAAACAGCUCAUUCACCUGGAGAUUUGCAACUGUGCUGACACAAUUUAAAAAUAAAUUACUGUAAAUUUAAAAAAUAAAGUUUGACAUUUCCUUGCAUUUUGUUUUGGUUUUUUAUUAAAAUGCCAGUUGCUGCCAUUAAUCCCACCACAAUACAGGGACGACUCUUUAGACUCUAGAGAUACAGCGCGGAAACAUGUGCUUCGACCCACCGGGUCCGCGUUGACAAGUCAUCACCCCGAACAUUAGCACAAUCCUACACACUUUACAAUUUGCUGAAGCCAAUUAACGUACAAGCCCACAUGUCUUUGGAGUGUGGGAGGAAACCAGAGCACCUGGGGAAAACCGACGGGGUCACAGGGGGAAAGUACAAACUCCGUGCAGAUAGCACCCACAAUCAGGAUCGAACCAGGGUCUCGGGCACUGUGAGGCAGCAACUCUACCACUGCGCCACUGUGCCACAAACUCAUGGAGCAUAAUGCAAUUAAAUCAGGUUAACAUGUAAAUAGCUCAUUCCAAGCUUCCCCCAGUCUAGUUUCAGUCAAUAAAAUACUGAGUUAAGCACUUGCGCAUCAAAACUUUAGUUUGGAGAAACACAAUAACAGUUCCCCACUACUAUAUCUAACCACCGCGGGUUCAAUCUUUGUAUCUGCCUGGCCAAGCCCUCCUAGCCUCGUGCAAGCAGAGACACUCCACAAGGUCACGCAGUCCUAAGCGUUCUCCCAGAAGAUGAAUUAUGCAACAUGUGCCUGGAUAUUCAAGAAACCCAGACAAGGCCUAACACUUAACCCAAUCAACGUCUAGCAAAAUAAAGCUUUGUAAUAUUUACAAAUGUGUUUGCAUUCACCCAAUAGGUUUCAUGCAAUUUACGCCUAAUUGUCAUAAUCUGCAGAUGUUCCAUUCAUUCCCUGCAACUCUUAUCUAGGCUCUAGACAAGCUGACACCAUUCUGCAGCUUGUCCCAUUUCUGCAGACGGCACAUUUAAAUUGACCAAAUGGCCUAGCAGCCCAGAAGCCUUUACUCAAUUUUAGUGUCUUGGCAUCUCCAAUUUGGCCAGAAUUAACAAAUGCAAACGAAUAAAAUCUCAAAAUCUUUCACCUGUGCAAACAUAUGGAAGCCCUUCUUCAGACUCCUGAAUAUGACAAUUACAUUUUCCUAACACUCUAUUUUCACCCCCAUUUAUCUUCUUCUUCUUCUAUAUAGUGUUUUUUGGCGGUUGGCAAAUAACUUUUUUGGUGCAUUACCGCCACCAACUGGCAUGGAGUGUGGAUCAAACAACACCAUUACAUAUUCUAAUAACCUAUAUCCUUCCGAACAAAUUGGUUACCCUAAGAAAAAGCAUCAGGAUUUGAUAGGACUUAUUUGAGCUCCCUUGCAAAAUAUCUACCAAAUCAAAUUGUACUCCUUCUUUUCUGAACUGCUCACUCAUCCGUUCCCUCUCCUCCUCAUACCUCUCACAAUGUACAAUGACAUGCUCUAUCGUUUCCUCUUGCCCACAGUAUUCACAUCUGCCUGUAUUAUGCUUGCCCAUUACAAAAAGUGUACUGUUCAGACCAGUGUGUCCAAAUCUAAUUCUUGAAAUCACUGUCUCCUCUUCUCUGCUCUUUCCUGCACAUCUCAUCUCUCCCACUUUCCUCUGGACUCUGUAGAACCACCGUCCUUUCCGCUGUUCCUCCCAUUGCUUUUGCCAUCUUUCCUUCAGUCUUUGCUUAAUAAUGUCUUUGAUUUCAGUUUUACCUAUGUUAAUACUUAAAUCAAUCUUACUCUUUUACCUCUUUUGCUACCUUAUCUGCCAUUUCGUUUCCUCUAAUGCCAAUGUGUGCUGGUACCCAUAUAAAUAUGACUGUAAGCCCCAUCAUUUGAAUUCUGAAUAGUGUUUGUUGUAUUUCUAUCAAAAUGUGUGGUCUAUUGUCUGAAUGACUGUGCUGUAAACUCUUUAUUGCUAAACUUGAAUCUGAACAAAUAACUGUCCUUAAAGGCCUAGUAUCCUCGACCCACUGUACUGCUAACAAUAUUGCAAUCAUUUCACCUGUGUAUACUGAGACCUCAUUAUUGAUCCUCUUCCCUACUUUGAUGUGAAAUUCUGGUACAAUAAAUGCUACUCCUACUUUAUCUACUGAAUCUUUUGAUGCAUCUGUAUAAAUUUGGACAAAACUGUAGUAUCUGUCAAUGUAUUCCUGUAUGAUGACUGAAUUAUACAUAUGCUGUUUA